AUGCCAGGAGCUUCACUGCGGUCGCUCGCAUGGCCAUCAAGCUCGCAGCGCACCUUCUCAACGACAUCCGUAUCGCAAAACUGGUUACGUCCCAACAGACCUGAAAAGAGCAAAUCCCGAGUCGGACGACCAAGGAUCCAGACCGGCGGCAGUAUGCGCGGCACAACUGUUUGCUGGGGUGACUACGGACUACGUAUGAAGGACCACGAUCGCCGAAUAUCAUCCAAACAGUUACAGCUCGGCUACGAUACGAUCAUGCGCAAAUUGAGAGGCUCGGGGCACUUCAAGCUGUACACGAGAGUAUCUGCGAAUAUUGGUGUGUACACGAAGGGAAACGAGCAGCGUAUGGGUAAGGGUAAAGGCAAAUUCGACUACUGGGCAGCUAGAGUUCCAGUGUCAAGAAUAAUCUUCGAAUUGAGUGGAAACGUGCACGAGAAAGUGGUGCGAGAGGCAUUUCGACUCGCUGGGGACAAGCUGCCAGGGCAGUGGGAGACGGUGAAGAAGGGUGAUCCGCCGGUAGUAGGAGUGACGAAGUUGAAUGCGGAGAAGGGCAUAACCUUUGAAUCUCUGAAGAGAGCGAGGAAGGAUGUUGAGCCGAUGAGCAAAGAUGCUAGCGAUGAUGCAAUGGUCAUAAGUACAAUCGAAGGCCCACCAAAGACAGUGAGCACAGAUACGGAAACUGUAUAG